CCCUCUUGUGGCUGAAAGUGACACUUGUUUUUAGCAUAAACAGCUUUUAUGGAGUCUUUUUGUUGUGCGCGCUGCAUUCCGUGCAGGUCUGACCCAGUUUCAGUGUGUUUAUCUUGCACCGCAUCACAUGCGUGAGUGUGAGCCGUCAGUGGAGAUGUUUCCCGCAGGAGAGGACGUCCAUUCCCGUUUGUUUACCUCUGAGAAGGAGCCCUCCGGAGCCGCGAUCUCCCCGACGCUGGAGCUCAGCCUGACCGCCGUCUACACCGUCCUCUACUGCUUCCUGUUCGCGUUCGUCUACCUGCAGCUCUGGCUCAUUCUGCACUACGGACACAAGCGCUUCAGCUACCAGAGCGUCUUUCUGUUCCUGUGCCUGCUGUGGGCAGCGCUGCGGACCACUCUCUUCUCCUUCUACUUCAGAAAUGUGGUGCAGGCCAACCAGCUGCAGCCUCUGGCCUACUGGCUGCUGUACUGCUGCCCCGUCUGCCUGCAGUUCUUCACCCUCUGCCUGCUCAACCUCUACUUCACCCAGGUGAUGUUUAAGGCUAAAGCCAAAUAUUCCCCGGAGCUCACCAAAUACAAGGUUCCUCUGCGCUUGUUCUUCCUCUGCCUCAGCGUUUUCUUCCUGGUGGUGAAUUUGACCUGUGCGCUGUUGGUGCAGGGAGCGCUGGAGCGCCCCGACCCCCCCAGUGACGGCGGCGUCCGGCACGCAGUCCUGGCCCGGGUCCUGAUCAACGACAGCCUCUUCGUCCUGUGCGCCGUCUCUCUGGCCGUGUGCGUCUUCAAAAUCGCCAAGAUGUCGUCGGCCAACGUUUACCUGGAGUCCAAGGGGACGUCGGUGUGCCAGGCCACGGCGGUCGGAGCCCUGGUGAUCCUCCUGUACAGCUCCAGGGCCUGCUACAACCUGGUGGUGGUGGCGCUGUCGCCUCAGGACCGGCCCACGCCCUUCAACUACGGCUGGUACAGCGUCUCUGACCAGGCCGACGUGCGGGAGGUGAGCGGCGUGGCCUACGUGGUGUUCGGGAUCGUCCUCUUCUUCUGGGAGCUGCUCCCCACCAGCCUGGUGGUGGUUUUCUUCCGGGUUCAGAGGCCGAACCAGAACCUGGCCCCCGGAGGGAUGAUCAACAGCCACAGCUUCAGCUCCAGAGCCUACUUCUUCGACAAUCCGCGGCGGUACGACAGCGACGACGACCUGUCCAGAAGCAUCAGCAGCCGGGCCGACCGGGCCAGCCUCCUCUCCUCCACCCCCCAGCUGGCCGUCUCCAGCUGGUACGGCUCCAUCCAGCGGAACGGCAGCCUGGCGGCCGGGGUGGCGGCGUCGGCCCAGCCGCCGCCCUCCUCCACGGCGCCGCUCCUCUUCGCCUACGGGAACGUGCAGAGUCACCACCACCACCAUCACAACUACUACUCCACCCCCCAGAACCACCAGCACCCCCAGCAGCAGCCCAGCUUCUACUCCACCCCUCAGAACUACUACUGCGGCUCGCAGACCUACUUCUGCACGCCGCAGAACUGAGCCGAGGAGCCGCUCCACGCCGGGCAGCUCGCUCCUCCUGAAAUAUUCCUGCGCAGGGCAUUUCUCUGGCGCUCCGGGUCCAGGCCGGAGCGGAGCGGAGGUUCCACAUCAGUCAAAACUGUGACGGCUGGUUCCGGUUCCUCCGGACCACAGAACCGUUCCGCUCGAUCCUUCGUCUCUCACCGGAUUCUGACGUUCCACUUUAUCAACAUGAAGACCGGAGGAGGCGUCCCCCCCCCCCCCCGAGGGCGUUCCAGAAAACAUCGUGACCAAAAACUCUUCACAUAAUCUCCUCGUUUGAGCUGUGAGGCGACGAUUUGCACUUGGAAGUUCACCUUCACCGAGAGGCUCUUCCUCCUCCCGACCUUUGACAUUGAAGCGUUGACGUGCCAUCACACCGUGUCGUAUCGAAUCAUUCCCGGAGGAAGAGGGGUGGUUUUUUUUUUUUUUUGCACAUUUACAUUUUGAAUGAUUCUAAACUUUGUGUCUCGUAGCGAAUCAUGACACUGAGUCGGUGACUUUUCUAGUUUGGUGUAUUUUUUUUUUUUAUUUCUCACUUUGUUUCUUUCACAACUUUUCUCUCCUCUCAGUUUUUUUUCUUCCUAAAAUCUCUGCAGCCUGUAAGCAAUACUUCUCUCCAGCUGGUGGUUCGGACGGUCCUGAAGCUCCGUCUGAGCCUCCGGACUGUCGGACUCGGUGAAGUCGGUUGUGUCUGCUGGGUCCAGCUCCACAGCAGAAUGCAUGCCUCUGCGCCGGCGGGUUUAACUGUGUACAGACCUCCUUUUAGCGCCGUCUGCUCCGGAAAGACGGCCGGGAAACCCUUUUAAUGUCGAUUGUUUUUAAUCUGUGGCCAUAUUGAAUGUAACCUCUUGUGCAACGGAUCACUAAUUAUGUAUGCAAGAAGAAGCACUACCAUGUCGAAAUAAAGGCCUACUGCACUGUUUUCCAGA